AAGACACUCAACAAAACAAGAAGAAAAAUAAGAAGAAAGCAUGAAGUGUUGUAGGUUUAUUGUAGUUGCUUUGAUGAGUCUUCUCAUCACAUUGGCUUCCGUUGAGGCAGCCGGUGAGUGUGGUCGAAUGCCAAUUAAUCAAGCCGCGGCUAGCCUAAGCCCGUGUUUGCCUGCUACAAAGAACCCGAGGGGUAAAGUUCCACCGGUUUGUUGUGCCAAAGUGGGUGCUCUCAUUAGAACCAAUCCUCGCUGUCUUUGUGCUGUAAUGCUCUCUCCUUUAGCCAAGAAAGCUGGAAUCAAUCCUGGUAUAGCAAUCGGUGUUCCUAAACGCUGUAACAUCCGCAACCGCCCUGCUGGCAAGCGAUGUGGACGUUACAUUGUUCCAUGAAUCUACAUGGCUUUGCAGGUUAUGUGGAUUAAACUGCGGUUUGGAUCCAAAUGAUGAGAAGUUCUUAAGAUUUAAAUAAAUGUUUUCACUUUCG